ACUACUGCAGUUGUGUCUGGUUGUUGAGCUAUGACAUGUAAAGUGAUGCUUGCAGAGUUUAAAGUAGACUUCCUGAUCCGAUGCUUUAACAGUGACACCAUCAGACUCUUUGUUAUUGUGUCAACAGGCUUGAAGCUGAUUAGGAUUCAUUCACAGUCUAUGUGCAAGACUCCAGAUUAAAGCUGAAACACUUUUCUCCUUCUGAAAAGAGCAAAUCAACCAUAUCUGUCAGUCCACCUGGAGACUUGAGUCCAAAACAAAAACCUACAGUAGUAGAAGAUUGUUCAAGGUUGGUCAGUUGCACUGUUUUCAUAGUAGAGGAGGAAGUUUUAGUCCUGUUUUGAAUGAAUUAGUAUUUUCCACCUGCUUGUAUUCCUCUUCCUGAAAACACAAGACUGUACAAUGGAGCCAGUGUUGCAUCUUUUGACAACUUGACAUGACGUGUUUAAAUGUGAGCUUCAUCCAACAGAGACAAACAGCUGAAAUCAAAUAUCAGUUUCAUCCAACAGAGCAAAGAUGCAGUGGAGUCUGCUCAUUGUGAUGGGUCAGUGUUACUUCAUCACAUGUCAACUCUACCAGUACCACUAUAUUGAAGAUACAAAGACCUGGACAGAAGCUCAGGAGUACUGCAGAGAACAUUACACUGAUCUGGCCACAGUGUCUAACAUGACAGACAUGAAGAGACUCCUUGGAGAAUCUACAGGGAGAAAAACUGAAGCCUGGAUUGGACUGAACAACAGAACAGAUGUCAACAGGACAUGGCACUGGUCUCUACCUGGAGUGGAGUUUAAAGAUGAUGUAACAAGAUGGAAAGAUGGUGAACCAAAUGAUGGAUAUGGAAAUAUCGAGAACUGUGUUGGAAUUAGAAAACACAUCAAAUUGAUUGAUUUCCCAUGUAUAUCUAAGAAAACUUUUCUCUGCUACAAUGAAAGUGGAUCCACAAAGAUCCAUUUGAUUAAAGAAGAGAAGAACUGGAUUGAUGCUCAGAAAUACUGCAGAGAUCAUCACACAGACCUGGUCAGUGGAUUGAACCAGUUAGAUCAAGUAGGACUCAAUGACACAGUUAAAGACAUACAAUAUUGGAUCGGCCUGUUCAGAGACACCUGGAGGUGGUCAGAUGGGAGCAGUUCCUCUUUCAGACACUGGGAUCAGACUCUGUCACCAGGAGACAAAUGUGCAGUGACCAUGUUGAAUGAAGGAGGAAGAUGGAGGAACGCCAACUGUACUGACCAAAAUCCUUUCUCUUGUUAUGAUGAUAAAAUGAUCCUGAUCAAAGAAAAUAAGACCUGGGAGGAAGCCUUGUAUUACUGCAGAGAGAACUACAAUGACCUGGUCUCCAUCAAUAACCUUGAUGAACAGAGAUGGGUUCAAGAGAGAGCCAAGAAGGCCUCAACUCCUUUUGUCUGGCUGGGACUGCGCUACACCUGCACUCUGGAUUUCUGGUUCUGGGUCAGUGAUGAGGUAGUCAGCUAUAAGAACUGGGCCUCAGAUGGAAAGAAUGAUGACUGUGACAUGUCUGGAGCCAUGGAAACAGGAGGAGAACAUCAGUGGGUCACAAAACAAGAUAACGAGAAGUUUAAUUUCAUCUGUGCUGUGUAGUCAGAACUGAACAAAUUUAAUAUUCCUCAUUUUUCAACACAUUUAACCUCUUUAUUAUCAGCUUGCAAGCUUGAGAUUAGACAGAUUAGAGCUGGAGGACAGGACAACAACAAAAUAAUCCCACAUAAAUAGCUGUAUCAGUGGAACCCUGGACUUUAGAUCUAAGGCAGCUUUGAGAAUACGUUUAUCUGUCCCUUUGUCCCCUCCCAUCAGACAACAUCAAGCAGUGACUGUCAAUAUGAUUUAUUUUCUUUUAAAGUGUGGGUGGUUAUACAUCAGACAUAUAAUCACUGUGUUAGAAUAAAAUAACAUAUAUACCAAUGUAUAAGUGUAGUUAUAUUGCAUAUAUACAGACCUGUGUGUGGUUAUCAGCUGGUGAUGGUUAAAAUGUGUAAAAGCAUAUCUCUCUGAUUUUUCUAAUAAGACAUCUCUGUUAAUAUUGUUUUAUAUAACACCUAAUCUGAGUGUAAAAAUAUCCAUUAUGAAAAUAUGUUCAAUUACAAAAAUACCUGACGAUGUACUGAGAUGGAUUUAAAU